UGAAAUAAAACGUAAUAUAUUUAAUGUUGUUGGUUAUAUUUGUGUAGCGUUACAAGUAUUUCUGCUUUCUGCUGAAUCCAAGAUGGCAGAUUCUGACAGUAUUUUGUCUGUAACAACCGGCACAGACCAACAUGACGACCCACUAGCAGAUUUAACGGAUGAACAACUGUUUCAAAUAGUUGAAGAUACAAUACAUGGUAAUGAAGUCAUCCGAAGUGAGACCGAAAUGUUUGAGAAGUUUUUUCGUCGAGUUGAACCAAAAGAAACAAAUUCUUUUCAACCGAACAUCCACACACCUGUGGUGCAUGUCCAAGAGAUACACAACAGAGGGCGUAAACGCUCCAGAUCCAAAGGCAGUGCCGUUGAUAAACUGCUUCGCUUGACAGCUGAACAGAAGUGUGACAUUGCUCAACGUGAGUUAGAAGAACUACGAGAUGAAAUUGACAAACUAAAAGACGAAUCUGAGAGAAUUCUUGACAAUUACAGGGCUGGCUUGGAAGAAGCAGAACUCCGAAUUACUGAGAUAAAGAAAGCAACUUAUGAGUUUGAUCGAGAUAUUUGUAAAGGUUCAAUUAAUGCUCGAACAGGAAAAGUUGUCGCUGAAAAAGUCGUUCGUUAUUUUGAAGAUAAACUUAAAUGGAGGGAUACCCUGAUCGAAAAGUUAAGAUUGAAAAACUCAACCCUGAAAGUUCAGAAAAAGAAGUUACAGCUUCAACUAAAGCAGAAAGAAGAAAUGGGAGAAGUUCUUCAUGAAGUUGAUUUCAACCAACUUAAAAUUGAGAAUCAACAAUAUUUAGAAAAAAUUGAUGAAAAAAAUCAAGAACUUCUUAGAUUAAAACUGAUGGCUGGAAAUACUUUGCAAGUUUUAAAUCUUUACAAGAAAAAGCUUCACUCCUUGACUGCUGAAGCUGAGCGGUUACAAACAGAAAUCAUUUCCCGAGAAGAAAUGCUGUUAAGGUUUGGAGCUGAAUCACAUGUUGUCGAGGAGGAGAGAUUAGUUGCUGAGAAGAAAAACAACACUCUUCGUCAACGUCUUGCCGAUUUCAGAGUUCCUGACGUGCAAGAUUAUGUGGAGAAAAAGGCAAAUUUGACCGAACUUCAAAAAGUUGUUAAAAGUUGGGAAAGAAAGGUUGAGAUAGCUCAGAUGGCAUUAAAAACUCACAAAAAAUAUUGGCAACAAAUUUGGAGUCAAAGUCAACAAAUGAAUGUUUGGAGUCACCAUGAUACAAAAUAAAUCAUUUUCACUUGUUCAUUUUUGUUGAGAUUGGCAAUUUAUGUUGGUUGUGUUAUGAAUUGUGAUUAUAAUAUAAAAUCUGUAUAUGUAAAAUUGCACUGUA